CGUUUUGCUGUUCCGUCUGCUUCCUUCUUAUUAAAGCCGUCGCUUUUUGUCUGGUUAUUGUGUUUGGUUCCAGUUUAUAUUAACCGCUUGUGCUCUUUGUUAAAAUUUGGGUUUUUGGAUCCGUGAAUUGGACUUUUUUACUGAUUACGGCUCAUUCCGAUGCUUAGAGACGAUAAUUGUUCUUAUUAAAUCUUUAAUGUAAUCAAACAUGAAACUGUUUUUCUUCCGUGCAGCUGAUUCAUUAUCAAUGUGGUUCGACUGUUUAAUAUUGCGUAGCUUUGGAUCGAUAAUUUAAUUAGACUGUGUUGUGAUUUUGUGAGAAUCCAUUGUUUGGUAAAAACCGUGUUGUUUCAGUAAUUAACUCGAGACUUUUGAAUUUUCAGAAAAAGAAGCUGAAUCUCAUUCUACAAGUGUGAUUCCGAAUCUCAAGAUGUUACCAACUGAGUCAAAGAAGGCCUUGUCUUUCAAAAGAUACAUUGAAGAUGGCGACUUAGUUAUCGUUUACGAAAGACAUGAUGUGAUGAAACCAGUUAUAGUAAGCAAAGACGGUGUGCUUCAGAACCGUUUUGGAGUGUAUAAACACUCGGAUUGGAUCGGGAAGCCAUUAGGGACGAAAGUAUUCAGCAACAAGGGUAAAUUUGUGUACCUGUUGGCUCCCACUCCCGAGCUAUGGACACUGGUCUUAAGCCACAGGACUCAGAUUCUUUACAUUGCGGAUAUCAGCUUUGUGGUAAUGUACCUGGAAGUUGUCCCUGGCUGUAUUGUUCUUGAGUCAGGCACGGGAAGUGGUUCGCUUUCGACUUCACUUGCUCGAGCUGUUGCUCCAACUGGACAUGUCUAUUCGUUUGAUUUCCACGAGCAACGAGCUGUCUGUGCAAGGGAAGAUUUCGAGCAGACGGGUAUCAGCAGUUUAGUAACCGUUGAGGUUAGAGACAUUCAAGGACAAGGGUUUCCUGAGAAACUGUCGGGUUUGGCUGAUUCGGUGUUUCUAGACCUUCCACAGCCUUGGCUCGCGGUUCCUUCUGCAGCAAAGAUGUUGAAGGAGGAUGGAGUUCUCUGCUCUUUCUCGCCUUGCAUCGAGCAAGUACAACGGACUUGUGAAGUCCUCAGAUCAGAUUUCAUUGAGAUAAGAACGUUCGAAGUGCUUCUCAGAACAUAUGAAGUGAAGGAAGUGAAAGUGGAUAUGGUUGGUCAGAGCCAGGACGAGAAGAAUGAAGGAUUGAGACCUUGCAAGAGAAAAUACCGUUCAAAGGAAGACGACACCGUUUCGCAGCAUGAUGACUCAUCUCUUGCUACUGCGACUAGUAAUUCAGUCGUCAUGGCUCGGCCUUGUAGCGAGGCUAGAGGUCACACCGGCUACUUAACGAAAACAAUGUGUCCUUUGAGAUUCAUACUAGUGUUCUUCUCAGUGGCACUCGCCGGAUAUUUCGCGUGGAAGACGGUGAAUUCUUCGCCGGAGCUUAGCUCAGACAACUCGCCGGUGGAAGCGAAGGAUAAAGAUAAGCAAGGACUCGAUUUCAAAAGGAAGAUGGAUAAUGUGUUCUGGAUGUUCGUUGAUAUGGCUACCGGAAGAUACCUUUGGAGAAAUCUCAAGGAGAUGAGUGACAAAAUUCAAUGA